AUGCAUCGGACGUCGCAGCAGUUUCUGGGUGCCGUGCUCGUCACCACUGGAAGCCUCACCCUUGCGGCGCUCGGCUGGGCCGCAUGGUCUCGUCAUCGCAGGUUGCAGUCCCGUACUCGCGUCCGGGCCGUACUCCUCGACAAGUCCGAGAGCAAGAUCAAGAGCAAAACCAAGGCCACUGUUGCCUCACGCAGGUCGCGCCCGCAGCUUUCGGUUGCUAUUCCAGGGGAGGAGGAUACAGGUUGGGCCGGGGCUGCCUCUCGCCGUGUGCCCGAGGCCGAGCUGGCGACGCCGGCGGCGGCUCUGGACGCUGGUUCCUUGUCGGCACCGGUGCUCCCGUCGUCGAUCUCGGUUGUGGCCGCUGUUGCCGAUGCGCCACCGCUGGCAGCCGGCCUGACCUUGCUCCCGCCGCCGUUGACCCCUCUCGGCGCAGGAUCGGACGAAGUCUUUCUUGAAGGCGCGAUUGUGCGCAGAGAGGCGUACACCGCCGCCCGCGAUGUGUUGGCACAUGUUCUUGCUGCAGUGGUGCGUGAUGCGCCAGCGCUCGACGCCCACGGCGCGCUCGGGCUAGAGCUGGACCCAACGCAGGCCGUCACGCCCGAAGCGCUGACUGUGCCAGGAACUGUUGCUAUGCACGGCGAGUAUGUGUUCAACUAUACCGAUCCCGACCGACGGGCUCGGAUAGCCGCUGGUCUCGGGGCGGCAAUGGGGCCAGAGCGCGAGUCGGGCAUUCCACAGCUUGGUGGUGCGAAGCUGCUUUCGAUGAUGCACCGCCCGCCUGUUGCAGGCAUCGACUCUUGCGUGUACCACUUGGGCGUGCUCAAGCAGAUGGAUGACGGCCCGUGCGGAUACCAUGCGCUGUACAACGCACUUGUCGGCAUUGCGCUCUGUCAGGUGCGGCUGAACGACGUGGGCGCGCGCAACCACGCGCUUGCGCUCUUCAACGCCCGCACCCCGUUCUGGUGGUUCUACGCUCACCUUGAGGCUGCGCUGGUAGUCGAGGCCCGCUCACGCCUUGCCCGCUACGGCAGCGAGGCUUUUCCGUGGCGCGAGUGCGAUGUGCGGUCCGGGGUUCUGGAGCGAGCGCAUGUGGCGUGGCUCCUUGCGCAUCAUCCGCUAUUUGUCCGGGCCGGUGCCCAUUUGUUCUCAGUCCUUCCCGCGAGCAACCCGCAGGAGAUCGCGAACGGGUCGAUGUCGCUUGAUGAGCUCGACACGCUCGACGCGGUGCUGGAGCACUUUGCAGGCCUGCCGCACUAUGCGCACGCCUUUGUGCUCGGGGCACACUCGCACUGGAUCACGGUGGUGGCGCACAAGCGGCACGGUUCCAUCGAGUGUCUCUUUCUCGACUCAAACAACGUCGACCUGUUUGGCUACGCUGACCCACAGCUCGCGGCGUUUCUGCAGCAGCCAACGUCGUACAUGUUUGCCGAGUCGGGAGCAACGCCGCGCGCGGUCGAGACUGAGGACGAGGAGUACGGGCUGAUGCUCCGCGCCGCGCGCGGCACGGCCGAGCUCAUGAUCGACUGGAUCACAGGGCGGACAGCGCUCAAGACGUUUGUGGCUGACACUGUUGUCCGCCUCAUGCUCUCCAAGUUUGAACACCGUGUCCUGCGGCGGUCGCCUUACGGCGGCGCGCUCUCGCUCGAGGGUGCGCUCGGGCAUGAGCAAUUUCUUGCUUGGCUUGUCGAGUGGCUGACUCACUGGGAUCCACCCGCCACUCUACGUGCGGGACCGCUGGCCACGCUCCGCCAGCUCGGGGCAGCCUACCUCUCGCCGGAGCUCCGCAACCGGGUUCUGGAGUGGGCGCUGCUUGUCGGCUCAUCACCGGUUGUUGCCUCGUCGCCGCAUCCCGCUGUCGGCGAGCUGCGACUGGUGCUUCACGAGGUAGUCGCGCUGACGGGGGCGCCGUAG